AUGAAGAGAAAAACAAGAAGGAAUUGGAGAGGAGGAACUGAAGAAGAGGAUGAGCUGGAGGAACUGAGGGGUCAGGUGCUUCAGUUGCUCCUGGAGUUAGACGAGGCACGGGAGGUGUCCCAGCGACACGAGGAGAGCUUCCAUGAGUUACAGGGUCUUUUGGAGGAUGAACGACUAGCCAGUGCUCACCAGGCAGAAAGUUUCACAAGGCAGAUCCAGAGACUACAAGCUCAGUUGCGCUCUGUUCAGGAGGAGCUGGACAGUCUGGAGGAGGAGAAGGAGAGUGAGCUUGCAGAGGCGCAGCAGGAGCUGCAAGCAGCACAGGAAGAGGUGCAGUUGCUGCAGCAGGCUGCGGAGGAGGCCGCAGCCGAACGCGAGAACGAUAUAGCCACCCUGCAGGAGGAGCUGUGUCGACUGCGAGCUCAGCUGCAGCGUCUGCGCGACACCACACAGGAGUAUGAGCUGGAGAUUACAACGCUGCGUGCCGAGAUCGCCAUGAAAAGCCAGAACAUGGGCGAGACACAGUCUGCAGGAAACAGUGAGGUGGGCCAGCUGAAGGAGGAGUGUCAGGCUUUGAUGGAUGAGUGUCAGAGUUUGAAGGACGACAACAGACAGCUCUCUGCAAAACUGGAGCUGUUACAACAACAGAGAGCCAGCUCCUCUGACCCCUACAUGGCUCUGAGAGAGGAGCAGGAGGGUGGUGUGAAGGAUGGGGACACGGAGGAAAGAGCAGAGUGUUUGGAGGAACAAAAGGUUGGAAGCUACAUGACCAUGGCCCAGAGAGAGGAGGAGACUGGCCAGCUGAUUAAUGCUGGGAUUCAAAAAAAUACCUCAUUGGAGGGAAGACCCGCUAGCCCCACAGGAGGGAGUGAAGACUUCACUGAGGUCUUCUCUCUCAGAGACCAGCUCAGACAGGCUGAGGAGAGAGCCUCACAAGUCCAAAGAGAGUGUGAGGGGUUAAAGGGAGAGCUACUGGAACUACAGGGACUUUAUGAGAGCAGUCAGAAGGAGCGGGCGGAGCUGGAAGCAGAGCUUCAGCGCUGUAGAGCGGAGCUGGACAAGCUCUCUGGCAGGAAGGACCAGAACUUCACUCCUCCGUCUGAGCCCCCUGUUCUCUCCAUACCCUUCAUAGGAAUGGUUGUAAUUUUGGCGCUGAUUUGGUGCUGCUGGUCGGAGCUCUCAUCCUAAAAGGGAGAAGGAGAGCGAAUGGAACUUAGUGAUUGUUGUUGCCAUGGCAGCAGCAGUGGCUCUGAUUGUUCCCAGCUUGUCAAGAGCUUUCUCCUGAGCCCUGGAAAGGUUACCGUACACCAUACCACUUCCAUCACUGACCUAAACUUCCAGUCUCUCCAUUCACCUGCAUGUUCUCCACAGCACUCAAGCAUCUUCUUCAGGAGAAUGGAGUUAGAUACCAGCAGAUCAUUCAUUAAGGCUAUGAGAUGCUACAGCAGGCCACGGGUGGACAUGAUAAUUAUGUGAAAAGCAAAAACACUACACAGAAAAGUGCUGCACAAUGGUGGAGACAGUGAACCCUAAUCAAAAAAAGUGAAUUGCCGUUUAUAGAAACAACAUCUGUGAUAGGGGUCUUGUCUCCUGCUAUAUACACAUAGAAACACACAAACAUGAUAAUAUCUGGCGAGCAAGGUUCUUGUUCUUUUCACUGCAGUCUUCAUGUUUUGUGAUCUUUUUUCUCUUUUAAUCCACUGUGCUUCUAUAAACAGACUGAAUUUGAUGUGAUAAUCAUGGAGAUGUUCUGCCUGUGAUCAGCAAUGUUUUAGUAAAGGCCUAUAUAAACCCUCAAACUGACCUGCUACUGGAGAUAUAAGUUCUGCAUACCCAAAAGGACAGAUAAAGUGUGCUUUUGUUGCUUUACUGAUCUACAGAUUGAUUGUUUGCUGACCUCUGUUCCCUACUUCAAGAACUAUUUGCCUUAUCUCCACCUCUGGAUAUAGGAUUUGCACAUCUUUUUUUUCUUGUUUUCACCCAACCAGGAGGAUUUUUGUUGUUGUUCUAAAAAGAAGGGGAAACAACAAGUAUAACAUAAUAUGGUUACAAUGACUGGCUUCUGUCUCUCUCUUCUUUGUCCUGUCAACCAGAAGUACGGAAGAGGACAACAUUUAGACAAAACCUCCA